UUGAUGCUGUUUGGUUUAAAAGGGUGGGGUUGCUGAAAAUGUCGCGAUUGCGCCUGCUCGGUGUGAAGUCUAGGGGAGUGUACUGCCUAUAGGCGCAGACCGAUGGUUUAAAUCCUACACAUGCGUAUUGGAUUUCGGGGUUCAAGGGAAUACGCCAUAUUGGAAACACUGUAUAGUUUAGCUAACAGUUUAUAGCUAGCGGGGUAAAAGGGCCACUAAUUGAUUCCCGUUGGUUGUGGCGUUUGGCAAUUCUUCAUUUUCCCUACAGUUUCGCGCAACCCAGUUUACAGGCAGAUUCUGUCGGUCCGGAAUCGCACUCGUCCGCUUGAACGGGGGCAGAAGGCGUUCAUUUGCUUGACAGGGCUGAUAGAAAGAGAAGUUGAAUGGAUCCGAGGGUCGCUUGGAUUCAGCCGGAACAGAAAGGUCCUGCGAACGCUUUAUGGAUGCGUGUGUGGGAAACGUCUCAGGUAAACCGGAUCAACACAGGUCAGCACCAUAACCACCAUCACAACAUUUGUGUCAAUUCUCCGGCGUUUGACGUUUUUAAGAAUGUAGCGACCGCCGUUCGCAAUAGCGGCGGUAUCCCUUCCUCCGCUCCAUCCAGCAGCCAUCAUCAGAGCAAUGCAAAUUACAGCACGAACAUUAAACACGGCACCGCAAACCCGGGCUUUGCAACGUUACCGAACAGCGGCAGCCAUCAGGGCUUAGCGGCUCAUGCGCUAAAUGGAAACGCCGGGAAGGUUGGUACGGGAGCCGGUGAAAUGCCCCAAAAGACUGGCUCGGUUUCGUCGUCAGCGGAUUCGAACUGCUCUAAAAUAAGGACUACAAGCUCUAAUACGAUCGUCGGGAUUAUGAACAAGGGUGGCACACAUCUGCCUUUUAGUUGCAGCGAAAGCUUGCUGAAUAACGUCAACCACCACCAUCAUCACCCUCCGCAUCCUCAUUUACGGCAUUUUCACCAAGAACAGCAGCAGCAAUGUUUCCAGCAGAACUGCGUGAAGCGACACCCGUCUCAUCCGCCAGUGAGCCAUCACCACCAUCACCCGGGCCGAAGGAAAAGCGAUAAUAAGGCCAGCACCUACGGGAUAAACUACUUGCUUUCCAACUGUACCAAUGGCAAUUAUGUCAGCUCCGGCACGCCGUGGAAGACGAGGAAAUAUAACCCCGGAGUUGACGGGCUCCAUGAGGAGAUCAUGGACUUCUACAAUUUCAUGUCUCCUCGUCCUGAAGAGGCCACCAUGAGGCAGGAGGUUGUGGCAAGAAUUGAGUCGAUCAUCAAAGAGUUGUGGCCGUCUGCUGAUGUCCAAAUAUUUGGCAGCUUUAGCACUGGACUCUAUCUCCCAACCAGUGACAUUGACCUGGUGGUGUUUGGGAAAUGGGAGAAACCUCCCCUGCAGCAACUGGAGCAGGCCCUCAGAAAACACAGCGUGGCAGAGCCCUACUCCAUCAAAGUUCUCGACAAAGCCACCGUACCGAUCAUCAAACUGACCGAUCAGGAGACAGAAGUGAAGGUGGACAUCAGUUUCAAUGUGGAGACAGGCAUCAAAGCUGCUAGCUUCAUCAAAGAAUAUGUGAAGAAGUAUACCGUGCUGCCUUAUUUAAUCUUCGUGCUGAAACAGUUCCUCCUACAGCGAGACCUCAAUGAAGUCUUCACAGGAGGGAUCAGCUCCUAUAGUCUCAUCCUGAUGGUCAUCAGCUUCUUGCAGUUGCACCCACGAAUUGAUGCUAGGAAUCCCAAUAUAAACCUUGGGACUCUGCUCAUUGAGUUCUUCGAGCUGUAUGGAAGACACUUUAACUACUUGAAGACAGGUAUCAGGAUAAAGAACGGUGGAGCUUACAUGGCUAAAGAAGACAUUAUGAAGGCUAUGAGCAAUGGCUACAGGCCCUCUAUGCUUUGUAUUGAGGACCCACUCCUGCCAGGUAAUGAUGUGGGCAGGAGCUCCUACGGGGCCAUGCAGGUGAAAGAGGCAUUUGACUACGCUUAUAUAAUUCUGGGUCACGCCGUCUCACCUCUUGCACGCUCCUACCCCAACAAAGACAGUGACAGCACUUUGGGACGCAUAAUCAAAGUCACACAGGAAGUGAUCGACUACAGGGAGUGGAUUAUAAAGAAGUGGGGAGGCAGACAGAACUCCCGCAUGGAGAGGAAUUCAGGUCCAGCCCAUAAAGACCCGGUGGAGCAGGUGGGGUCUGGCCCACUGCUGGGUGUCGGUGGGGAAGAUCAGCAGCAGAGGGACUCUGUGUCCCCUCAAAGCGCAGACUCACCCAUGUCCCUCUCCAGCCCUCAGCAGCACUCCUCAGCCUCCUCCUCAUCUUCACUUUCAGGCAGCGACAUUGACUCUGACUCCACACCGUAUGUUGCUCCACCUGUAGCCCCCUUCCCUCUCCAGAUUCUGACUCCGGGCCCCCUGCCGCCAGCUCUUCAGGUAGGCCCUGGCAAAGUCAGCAUCACGGCUGCGCUCUCCAUGCCUCCAGCCACCCAGGCGAGAGUGUCCAUACCAGGAAAUCUUUCAAUCCACGCUUUACCUGGCAGACAGGUGUGUAUGGCAGAUGGACCACCCCCAUACAACAUGCCCCCUCCUGCAGUUCCCCAAGCUCCCCCCAGCCCUCUACCUAGUCCCCACCACCACCAAAAGACAGGUCCCAAGUUCCCUCUGAAGGGCUACCCCGCUGUAGUGCACAGUCCCGUCCUGUCCAACCGAGGCCACUUUCAGUACAACCGCAACACCUGGCGCCGCAGAAAGAGGGACAGUCUGCCGGCCAGCGUCAGCAGAUAAAGACGCCCCGCGCCCCCUGGACCCUUUACCUUCCACUCGCUUUGUUUUCCACACCUCUGGUCCAGUCUUUAAAUGAUGAGAACUCAUCAAGUGCUCCUGCAGAUGGUGUGAGCACAGAGAGACCAGCGUUUGAAACCCAGCUCCUCGUUUGGUAGUUGUGGUUAUGGUGGUGCUAAGUACUUCAGUCUGCCGCUGAAUCUGUGCAUGUGUAUGUUGAACUGUUUUUGACCCGUGCAAUCUUCCCGAGGAAGCUUCGAGGAAACUUUUCCGUUCGUGCGCUCCAUGGUGAAAAGCUGGUGUUUUGUGUGUCAUGCGACUUGUUUUCUGUGUCUUCACGUGUUUCAUUGGGGACACGCUUCACGUGUGGGAAGAUAUCGAUUCAGUGGAAUUUAAGUGUUAUUCGUUGUUUGGGGAUAAGGAUAUGUGUUUCUAAGGUGAACGCCACUUUUGAUUGUGUAUGUAUGUCUCCGGCUUCACAUCCUGCACUGUUGAUGCUUCCAGAGUCUCCACCAUAUCGACCUUUACGUUUUUGUGCAAUAACUUGUUUAUUUUGUGUUUCGUUCACUCUGGAAACAUGGGGUUCUGUGUCUAGCAGUUCUGUCUUGUUUGUUUUUGUACAGAAACGUUUUUAUUUUUGUAAGGUUUUUAAUUUUGGUUAUGGUUUACAGAUCCUGUCAGACAGGCUCCUUAAGGAAAGAGUCUGUUUUAAACGUGAAACUGUUUUUGACUAAAGAGAAUUUAUAUUCCCUGUUGCCCUUUUUCUUAAAAUGGGUUGCAUCUGGAUUAGACGGAGUUGAAGUGGCAGAUCUUGCAAAAUGACUUUCCGCUCUUGCCUCUAGGUGACGCCAUUUCACACGUAUUCCUGUCUUUAUGAUGGUUAUGUGGCAUUGAGGCUCUCACAGUAGCGUAGAUUCAGAACCAGAUCCAGGCCAGAAAACUGUGGUGUUGGAGAGAAAUGAGCCCGUUGGAAAUUUGCCGCAGAAAUGGCGUGAAUGAGCAUUGACUUAAGUGUAUAUAUGUGCGUGUGUGUCCGUCCUUUUUAAAUUGCUAUAGGUGAGAGAAAGGUAAGAGAAAGAUUAGACGUUUUUAGGGAAGCUCUAAAGAACGCGCGAGACUUCAGAUCAGUGCAGCUUUAUGCAAGGUGCCCUAAUCGGACCUUUUCGACUUCUGCACGGGCACCCAAACCGGACUUGUGGAGAAAGGGAAUUAAUUUUGAUUCCUUUCUGGGAUCUUUGUGCAUUUAUUGACAGGUACUUACUGCUAACAUAUGCCUUUUUGGUAAAGACCUAUUCCUGUACUGUAUCGUAUAGAAUUUUUUCUGUUUGGAUAUGGCACACUACAACUGUAUCGCUGUUGCUCGGAACAUCACAGGCAUACAGGUUAUUUUUACUAUGCAAGUGGAGUUUUGAAAAUUUCUUCCCGUCUCCCACACGACAGCCAUCGCUUGGAAAUCUUUUCGAGAGACUCAACCGGAGCAAUGGACCCGGGUCUGGGGGAGCCAAGCUGCCUCAGUGUACAUGAGGCCAGCUCCCGUAUGCAAGUUCAGUCUGUUUUAAGGGGAAAGAAAACAACCAGACGUCUUGUUUGGAAUAUCCAGACUGAAAAAUCUCUGCAGCCCAAGUAUUUCCUUCAGCCGGAUCACGGAUAAACCGGACUGCUGCUGUUACAAUGCUACAACCAUGUUAAUGGCAACUGACAAAAACAGACUUUGAAUGCCUCCUGCACUCUAUAUGGAAUGACUUUGAUUCGUCACAAACGUACGUGUUUUAAGUCAUAUCUGAUACGGAGACUCUGAGCUAAAAUGAGCUACAGGAUUGUCCUUGUAACUCUCGCCUGCCUAUCAACGCAAUAGGGCAAAUGUGAUUCUAAUAGCAGUUUCUGCUUUUAGGUAGAACCAGCAUCUUUUGCAGCGUGGGUCAGACAUUGAGGCGACUCCUUCCAUCCCCUUUUUAAGGACUCUGUGUGUAGUUAUUGAUGGUUUGCCUAAACGAAUGACCCCCCCUCUCUUUUUCCCGUGUGAAUCUGUGGAGAUGUGUUGGAAAAUUGGAAGUGUAUCACUCUGUAAUGGUUUAACCUUUUUGGUGAUGUACUGCUAGAUACGGUGUGACACUCAUAGAUGAAUAUCAAUGACUGAUUUUAAAUGUAACCCCUUUUUUGCUGACGUCUGUUAUGUCACAGUGGCCAAAAGCACUCCUUUACUCUUCAAUACUUAAACAGAAAGCCCUCAAUGUGGCCGCCCAGCAUCCAAGAGGUUAGGAGAUUUUUUUUUUUCUUCAAUAUUUUUAUGUAAUUUUUUUUCUAUUUUAUUUUUUAAAUAAACAUCUUAAAAACGU